AUGUAUAAAUGCUUCUUUGGCGAAUCGAAAAAGGAAAUCGAGGAAAUCUGUCUUAAGGCCAAAAUACUGGACUCGUGGGCAUCUCCUGAAUUAAAGAAGAAACUUCUGAGUAAAGAGCACUCCCUAGACGAGAUUAUUGAGGCGUGUCAAGUCGAGGAGCAAAUUAACAAACAAGCCGAAGCCAUGCAGAAGCCAACCGUUGAGGCAAUAAACAAAAUUGUGGCUCGUAAAGCAAAACCGGGAGUGGAAUGUUCUAGGUGUGGUCGGAUGGGUCAUGGCAAUAGUGAUCCCGUUUGCCCGGCGCGACUCGCCAAAUGCAAUAAAUGCUCGAAAAUAGGGCAUUUUGCACGCAAAUGCAAGUCGAAACAAUAUCCUCAGCCUAAAAAUGGAAACCUCAAGCGUCGACUAGAUGACGAUUGUGCUGGAGAGGGUCGACCUGAUUUCAAAAGGAAUAAGGAAAGCUCGAAUUGCUUUAGAAUAUGCAGCGACGAGGAAGAAGAGCUUAUCAGCUGCAAAAUUGGAGGCCAAGAAGUUUCUCUUAUUAUCGAUUCUGGUUCGCGAUUCAACCUCAUCAGCCAUAUAGACUGGGAAACACUGAAAAGGAAAACCCCGGCGGUGUUUAAUGUGAGAUCACAUUCACAAAAACAAUUCCGAGGAUAUGCUUCUGAUCAAUUACUAGAAGUAAUUUGUGUUUUUGAAGCACCGAUAUCAGCGGUACCAGAUGUCGAGGUGAUUGCUACAUUUUUUUUUAUUAAAAAUGGACGACAGUCAUUACUGGGGCGUGAGACAGCCAUAAAGCUAAAUGUUCUUCGUCUUGGCCUAAGUGUCAAUCGGGUUGAAACGACCGCACCAUUUCCCAAAUGGAAAGGUGUCGAAAUAAAGCUGUGCAUUGAUCCACAAAUCAAGCCUGUUCAGCAGCCGGUGCGGAGGAUCCCAGUGGCACUUGAAGAUAAAGUUGCAGCGAAGCUGGAUGAAGCUUUGAGGCGAGACAUUAUUGAAUCUGUUACGAGUCCGAGUCGAUGGAUCUCCCCAAUUGUCCUGGCGUUUAAGGAGAAUGGCGAUAUUCGACUCUGCGUGGAUAUGCGUCUGGCGAACAAGGCAAUUCGUCGAGAAAUGUAUCCAUUACCAACAUUUGAAUCUUUUAUGACCAAACUUAAAGGUGCACGAUUCUUUUCGCGCUUAGACUUGAAAGACGCUUAUCAUCAGCUGGAACUGGAUGAAGACAGCAGGGAAAUCACAACCUUUAUAACACCAAUGGGACUUUUUCGAUAUAAAAGACUGAUGUUCGGAGUAAAUUCUGCUCCAGAAAUUUUUCAACGUCAUCUCGAGCAGCUAGAAACCGAAUACAGUAUCCUGCAUAUCAUCGAAAACAGUAUUCCAAAAUCGAUGACCAUCUCGGAAAUUGCUAAGGACUCGGUGAAAGACGAAGAAAUCAUUGAUGCGAUGGCCUGUGACCUCUCCUUCUGCGUGGUAAUCGUAUCGUUAUUCCAACAUCACUUCGAAAUCGGAUUCUUGAGCUGGCUCAUGAAGGCACCCAGGAGAAUCGGCCAUGAAAAGGCGGUUAAGAUCGAAAAUUUGGUGGCCUCGGAUCGACCGCGACGCUGA